AUGUUUCGUCAAUGUGGAGCUGUCCGUGAACUUCUUGUCGCAGUGGCUACACUGAUAUGGCCGUUCGUUGGUGUGCGUCCUGAUCGAGCAGAGCCAGCGUCAGCUAUACGCAAAAGGCAGAACGAGAUGCUUGCUGAUGAAUACGUGGUACGAGGCGUGGAACACAUGCGAUCUGGUAAUCGUGAAGCGGCCAUCGUUGUGCUCAAUCAAGCAUUGGAUAUCAACCCGCAUUGCGUCGAAGCGCUAGUGGCAAGAGGCGCAGCGUGA